AAUCAUUUCACAAACUUAUGGAAGAUAGGUGACCAACAGCUAAAAUGUCAUUCAGGAAUUAUUACGAGUCAUCAUCUGCGUACAGCAAAAACCGAAACACAGAAAGAAAUACAGCCGCCACGGAGCGACCUUCAACAGUUACAGCUAAAUACACUACCACUCCAUCUUAUAAGUCAUCCAGCAUACCCAUCCUAAACGACCGCUCCACCCGCGAAGAGACCCCGAUAUCGACCAUAGCCAGUCGAUAUGCAAGCUACAAACAAACUGACAAACCUUCAUCCAAAUACGAAAAGAAAGACUAUUCUAAACUAUCAGUCCCAUCCGUUGCCAUAAACAGAAGUAGAGAUGUAAGUCCAGUCUCAACUUCAUCGAAAUAUAGCCUUAGUCGAACAGCAAGAAAUACCAGCCCUGAGAGAAGAACGGUUAAAAGUUACAAAGAUAAAUGUCAAGAAAUAAACCCCGUUGAUCGUGACAAAGACAUUCCAAAUAAGACUGAUAAGGCUUCUAGUUACAGUAGCUUAUCAAACUAUAAACUGUAUCCACGCGCAUCUAGUUAUUCACGACCAACUUCUAGAGUAGAAGCCAAGCCGGAGAUUACAGUGAACCGAUAUGCUAUAGCCAAUCGUUUAUCAUCGUCAAGUUACUUAAGAAGCCCAACGCCUAUCAAAAGAUCGCUUGUAUCGCCAAUUCUCUUAAACGACGUAAGUAAACCGGAAAAUGAGAAAUCUGUUGUUCCUUGUUGCAUAGAUGAAGACAAGAGUGAAAAUAAAAAUAAGAUACAGAUAACUGAAAAUGGUAUUAAAAAGAAUGAUAGUGAAAACGAUGAAAUUGAAACCGUUACGGUCAUUACACGACAUACAUCUCCAACUCCACCUGGUUCUUCAGCUUAUGUGCGAAUGCGAAGAGCGGAUAUGGCUAAAACUAUCGAAAAAAUUAUAACCCGUACAAGAAAACGACCCGAAAUGAUAGACAAAGAGAUGCAAUCCGACCGACUUGAUGACCCAACACGAUCGAGCAGGUUCGGAACUACAAGUAGAACAAGCAUGACAAAUUGGACAUAUUAUUCGCCUAAUGUUAAUAGUUAUACAGGAUACGCAGGAAGACAUUUGACACAGUAUUCAAAUUUAUCAAACAAUGCUUGUAAUGACAGGAGCAGCAGAAGUCGAAGUAAAGAACCUGCUCCAUUAGAAAACAAAUGUUUAAGCCCAAAUACAGAAGAGAGGGAAAAACCUUUUCAUUUCAACGACAUAGAGCCAAAUAAGGAAGCAGUGAACAUAUGUGUACAAAAUCAAGAAGAUGAUACCUCCGAAAUAAUAAUUAAUGUGAACCUCAAGUUAAACAAGGCUAAAAGUCCCCCGUCUACGCCAGCAUUAAAUGACAUUGCUUUUUCUGGGGAUAUCAAUAUAUCCCCAGAAAAAGUAAUUGUUAACAAUAACCAGCUACCACCUCAACCUCCUAAAUCUGACACUACUGUUACUAAAGUCAGAAAAAUAAAGAUACGAAAAUCAAGUACAGUCUCAUCCUCAGACUCUACUACUAAAACAAAAGUUGUCAAGAAGAGAAGCAAAUCUGCAAGUUCCUCAGAUUCCGAACAAAAUAUCGAGAAAAAUUGCAAAUCUAAAGAUUCCAGCAAAAUUCCAUCCAAAAGUUUAAGUAGAAAUUCCUCAAGUACAAGUUUACAAAAUGGCCCUUCAAAAUUAAAAUAUUCUAAAUCGAGAGAAAGUAAUAGCCCAGAAUCCAGCAUAACAUUAUCAACACAAUCAUCCAUAAGUGAAGAUGAAACUGUAUUAAAAAAUAAAUCUAAUGACGUUUCAAGGCUUACAAUAAAUGACAAUGCUGAUCAAAAUUCGAAGCAGAGCAUGUUGAAUAAAAACGAGGGAUGUGAGGACGCUAAAUCAUUUUUAAUCAGAGCAUUAGCCCCAGUUACUAACCUCUUUAAGCUAAGACAUCAAGAUAACGAUGAAAUUAAUCGUACAACUGAUAUAUCAAAUUCAGAAGCUGCUAAGGAUAGUAACAAUUUCAUAACUGAAAAUGGCUCGCGAAGUAAGAAUAAUACUUUUAAUAUAAUAGCAUCGAAUGAUGACAAUUUAGUAAAGUUAAAAGCUAUCAGACAUAUUGAAUCAGGUGAUCGUGCAUCAUGGUUUGAGUCGGACACUGAUAAGAAAAAAGCUAGUAAUGAUUAUGAUCGCCCGCAAGAAUCAUUUAAUGACUGUAAUAGCACCCCAGAAUUGAAAUUAUCGUUAAAACCCACUUGUUUUGCGGACGAUGAAAAACCUUGGUGGCUUGACAGUAAUGCUAACAUUCCGGAAGGCAUAGAACGACUGUCACCCCCAAAAAAAUCCUCAAGCGACAGUGAUAAAAGUGAAAAAUUUAACUUCUUCAAGAUCCGGCAUAUUGAAUCUGGUGAUCGAAAAGACUGGAAAGUUGUAAACACUGAAAGUUCAUCGAGUGUUAAUAAACAAGAUAUACCGAAUAACUUGAGUCUCAGUAAAUCGGGUUCUGAUCAGCGAGUUUUUCCAAUUAGACGUAUACGUCAUAUCGAAUCUGGGGAACGUCCAUGGUGGUUGUCUAGCGACAAAAACAUUCCAGAAGGUAUAGAAAAGUUGCCCACACCACCGCCACAAGACUCUGACUCUUCUGAUUCGGAAGAAAUUGAAGUUUAUAUUCCACCUAGUACAAUCCCACCGUUUCCAUUACACUUGCCUGACGAUGAGCCACUGGGGGCUAGAAGAAGUCCAGAAGGUUUAGAGACUCCUAAAGAUAUCGAGGACUAUUCAAGGGGUCGGAGCUCUCCAUAUGAAAAUAGCCGCCUGUACAGACGGGAGUCGACCAAUUUACCGUAUCAAAAAGGGGCCGAGAAAUACAUAUCACGUUAUACGGAUAUCGACGACAUAUUGGGCACUUCGGGCCAGAUUUACAGUCCAUUCAUGGAGUCCAUAUUGGCGCGGAGAACCGGUCAGAUACCUUAUGACGAUGACGACUGCGAGGAGAUAGAUCCCACACAAGUUAGGAUCCAUGACAGCACCGCCCAGAUGCCCGUUAUCAAGAAACUACGAUGCAGAAGUGAAAUCAUCGAUUGCCGAGAUGAAGAUCAGUUGGACGAUGCAACGCUGCAAGUGUUCAAAGACGGCGACUACGGGCCCUAUCUCGAUCUGGAUUCCACCCUGGGUGAACAGGACGAAGAACUGGAAGGUCUUCCAGACAGUCGAAAGAAUGCCCUGGUUCUUCGUACACAGCUGUCGGUACGAGUUCACGCUAUCAUCGAAAGAUUGCUGCACUCUCAAGGGCGGGAGUUGCGGCGAGCCCUGUUCACCCUCAAGCAGGUCCUGCAGUCAGACAAAGACCUGGUACACGAGUUCGUCGCUAAUAAGGGCUUGGACUGCCUCAUGCAAGUCGCUAACACCGCAGUGCACAACUACCUGGACUACAUCUUGAGGGCUCUGGGACAGAUCCUGCUCUACGUCGAUGGCAUGCAUGGGGUAAUGAACCAUAAACGCUGCAUUCAAUGGAUGUACUCCCUCAUAGCAAGCAGAUUCCGGCAUGUCGUCAAAACAGCCCUCAAACUACUUCUAGUAUUCGUGGAGUACACUGACAAAAACUGCCUUCUUCUCAUCGAAGCAAUUGCCAUCGUGGACAAUUCUAACGGAAGACCUUUUUGGUUCAACGUCAUGAAAAUCCUACAAGACGUCGACGCUUCGGAUACGGAACUCUUGAUUUACGCUACUACGCUCAUAAAUCGAUGUUUGAACAGCUUGCCGGAGAGAGAUAUGUACUACGACCACGUGGAUUCCCUCCAGGAGCAAGGAAUAGAUGAUAUUGUUCGACUGUACAUGUCAAAACAGGGUACUGAUCUGGACCUUUUGAGACAAUUGCAAAUAUUUGAGGCCGUGCUCUUGUAUGAAGAUGGGGAUGAGAGUGGCACUGCUCUUAAGCAAUUAGAUGAAUCCGUAAUCACCUCAGUGAGAAGGAGAAGUCUUAAUUUGAAAGGUUCAGAAAGGAGGAAGUCUAAGAAACAAGAAGACAAAGAAAAAGCGAAAACGCCGGUAAAGAUUCCAAAUGAGCAGGAGAAAAUCGCACCGCCAAGACCUACGCACCUGCCCUCCAUACUAGAUAGUAAAGAGAACAAAGAGCUCAGCACUGCACUCAAGCGGCGAAGGGAUCGCUACGCGAGGCAAGCCCACCAUAUACUGCAACAACAGGAACUUCUAAACGCCAAUGUUAAUGUUGAAAAAAAUUGUGAACAGUGGAGCACCAACCCAACCAAAAACUACUCCAGCUUCAACGGCAAUCCUAAUAGAUACGCGGAGUAUAUUCCGAACGGCAAUCUCAAUGGCAACGCCAAAUACAAUGGCAACGAAAUGAACGGGCACGCAGAAAGCAACGGAGUGAAAACUCCAAACCUUCCAGAUAUUUUGUUGAAUGGAAACCAAAGAUAUACUAGUGGUCUUAAACAGAGGAUGCAAAAUGGCACGUUAGGUCACAGCGUCAACGCUGCUGACACUUUAGCGGCGGUCGGCAGGCAGUUGGACUUCACAGCUGAACCGAAAGAUGACAGGGAAAUAUUGUUACAUAGAGAGCACAGCAUCAAAGACUUAGCGCAAAGGUUGACGAGUUCUGUGAGCCCUUCUACGGAAGAAAAGCCACUGAGGGUGUCAGAUAUGGCAGGAAUUGUGUCGAAAGCCAAAGAAGAAUUAGCCAAAUCAAAAUCUAAAGAAAUUAUAAAAAGCCCAGCAAUAGAAAAAAGUCCAAAAAUACACGAGAUAAAAGUGUCGGAAAACGAUCUCCACUGGGAGGAGCUGCGAAAGGGAUGUUUAGACCGGGAAUUUCAUCUUUGCGACUUGGACUUUUCCGACCUAAGAUACGACUCAGACGAUGAUACUGUGUUCCCCGCAAUCAACGCUUCGAAUGGGCCCCCACCUCCUCCUCCUGGAAUGCUUCCUCCUCUAGGAAUACCCCCUCCUUUACCUGCAUGUUUCUCGAGCUUACCAAAAAAUUUACCAAGUUCCUCUAUAUCCUCUGAACUCUCAAUCGAUUCAGCAAACUCUACGCUUAAGAAGAAUAAAAAGACUGUAAAAUUAUUCUGGAAAGAAAUUCAGGAGAAUCCUCUGCCAACACCUGUCAAUGCCAAAGUGGGUGGAUCUAUUUGGGAUGACUUACCUGAAGUCAGUCUUGAUACAGCUUCCUUGGAGCAUCUGUUCGAAUCCAGGACAAACGAUUUAAUUAUUAAGGAAAAACUAAUGGAACCAAAGAGAAACCUUAUUUUGGACACAAAACGGUCGAACGCAAUCAACAUAGCGAUGAAGAAGCUACCAACACCGCAGACUAUAAAAGUAGCUAUAAUGAAGAUGGACGCGACUGUGAUAGGCCGUGAGGGAAUAGAGAAAUUGCUAACUAUGCUUCCCACGCAAGAAGAGAAAGUCAAGAUACAAGAGGCACAGUACGCGAAUCCAGAUUUACCUCUGGGCAGCGCAGAACAAUUCCUGCUCACCCUGGCUUCUAUAAACGAGCUAUCGUCGAGACUUAAGCUUUGGGUCUUCAAGCUAGAUUUUGAUAAUUUAGAGAAAGAAAUAGCAGAACCCCUAAUGGACCUAAAGCAAGGCAUAGAACUGUUGAAGUGCAAUAAGACGUUUAAAGUUAUCCUAUCCACAUUGCGUUCCGUGGGGAGUUUCCUUAACGGCAACCAGGUGAAGGGGUUCCGUCUGGAAUACCUCUCUAAGGUGAUGGAGGUGAAAGACACUGUUCAGAAGCAUCCCCUGUUAUACCACAUCUGUGAAAUGAUUAUAGAAAAGUUUCCGGAUACGACAGACUUUUUUAGCGAGGUUGGUCCCGUUAUCCGAGCCUCGAAGGUAGACUUCGACGUCCUGAACGUGAACCUGAUGAAGUUGGAGACGGACUGCAAGGCAUCCUGGGACCACAUGAAACGCGUCGCGAAGCACGACGGUUCGCAGAUCUUUAAGACCAAAAUCAACGAGUUUCUGACGGACGCGGCCGAGCGUAUUAUACUCUUGAGUCUUAUCAAGAAGCGGGUUAUGACCAGAUACAACAAAUUCCUUCUAUACCUCGGCGUACCACCGACUGAAGCCACCAAGACCAAACCGGCGGAGCUAUUGAAAGUGAUCGCGGAGUUCGCGUUGGAGUACAGGACCACGAGGGAACGGGUGCUUCAGCAGUUGGAGAAGAGAGCCAACCAUCGGGAACGUAACAAGACCAGAGGGAAGAUGAUAAUUGAUGUGGGCAACUACUCCAACAAGAGCGGCGAGCACACGGCAGACAGCGCUCUCAAGGAGCUACUGAAGAGUGACGCGGACGCUGAUCUACUUGCUGACAGAAGGAAGCCACCUCCUACGCGUUUGCACAAUGGUGAAGACGAGAUUAUAGAGAGCUUGGUACGAUGCGCCACCUCCAAGAGAAGGCCGCUUGCACGCGACCGUCGUCGGAACAGGCUUGCCGACCGAAAGAGCUUGAACAGGACACUCGACGGACACCAGUCGUGGCCCGGCAAGCAGUCCAAUGACCAGUCACCAGCUGAACUACAACAAAGAUAAUAACAAUUGAGUCUAAUUAACUAGUACAUUACUAUCGAAGUUAUACUUCUUUUGGUGCCUUAAGAAAAUCAGACGCAAGUGAAUUUUUCUGAAUGAGUAUAAAUUUACAGAUUUAUAGGGCGGAAAGGAAAUUUUUCGUCUCCCAAAGUCUUUUUGAUACCUUGAAGCGGUCUCUAAACAUUGGUAUAUAUCUUGUUACGACUAGUUACGAAUGAAAUUACGUUGGGUAAAGAUUAAAAUGCACUGCCCAGUCGUCACCAGUGUGCUUUGACGUAGUCAUUAAUACUGCAGUAGUGACCAACAUAGUUUAAGAAAAGAGGGUAGACAAAAGCAUUGUUUUUUUUUUAAUAACCUUUUUAUACAAUGGGGACGAAACGUUCAUAACAUCACAUUCUUGGGUUAGAUUAUCAUUGAUGUCGAUUGGGUUGUACAUAAAUCUUUAUACUAAACUAAAUUGGCAGGUCUAAUGGUAGUGCUGUCCUUUUUACUACGUUAUUUGUGGAACAUAACUGGCACUGUUAUGGUUUUUAAAGAGAUUUGUGGCUAACAGAAUUGGUACCAUUAAAGUCAUUUUUGAAAUAGGAAUUCGCUUUGGCAUUGCUUAUUCAAAGAAGAUAUUUGCUGUCGUCUUUUUACUCAGUUCGAAAUUUGAAUGCGUAACAAAUUCAUUUGUAUUUAACGCCAAUGAAGUAUGACUUCUUACGUGAGUACAUAAGUACACACGCGAGUUUUUUUUUUACUUUAUCGAAUCUCAUUAACCAUAGUCCCGUAGGUUUAACUCAAACAACCAUUGUUAAAGUAUACUCUGAUAGUUUAGAAAUUUCCAAAAUGGUGCGCCGAGACUCAAGUGUCAUUUAAGGGUCCCGAUUAUUAGAAAAUGUAAGCCUAUAUAUCUGUCAAGUCAAAACCUAAACAAUAUGUAAAUCGAUUUAGUUUUGUCAACAAGAAACCUAGCAGGUGUAUUUUUAUCUAUUUGCUAUCGAUUUUGUAUAGGAAUUAUGGACAAAGGAUAGUUUAGUAAAGGAAAUAAUAAGGUAUUGUAUAAAGGCGGGUUUUCUUUUUAAUUGUUCUUUUCUACGUUCACUGUAUGUCUCCACGCCGGCUGUCAGAACCGUGGGAACACUGGUUCCGAUGUACCUACCUACCGCAUUAGAUGGUGGUAAACCGUAAAGAUACAGGAUAAAAGUAUCGCAAUUUAAAACUAAAUAUAAAAUUCGCUGUGUCGAUAUAACAAAAAGGAUACAAACACAAGGGUCACUUGAAUUAUUUGGGAUACUGUCGCAGACAUUGUACUUAUAUGCUGCUGGGAUUCCUGCAUAACAUACAAUAAACAUGCUUGGAAAUUUCUAAAUUCUCCGAUUUUAGAUAGGUAAUCAUUUUUAUUUUGUAGUUCCGAGCCCCAGUGCCUUAUAAUCGCUUAAAGCAGUAUCAUAUUAAUAUAACAGUAUUAUUUUAAAAUAUUACUGCUUUAAGCUUUUACACUACUUUUAGUACCUACUUUGAUAAUAAAUAAUGUAUGAUACUGAUUAUGAGUUGAUUAAAUUAUGUAAAUUAUCCUCGAAAUGUAUUAAGAAGUAUCUUUAUAAAAAAAAUAUUGUGACGCAAUAUUUAUUGUCAUUCUUAAUAGCCGCGUCAAUAACAGUAGAGAGUGAUUUACCUAUAACUAUAGCCCUCCACGAUGCUCUAACUUGGUUUGGCGGGCUUUCACGAUUGUUAUCACAUUAUUUAUAAUAACCGAAAUAAAGACCGACGGCAUAACAUACUCUUUGAGGCGUAGAGUUGGACAGAGACCUCAGGCUUUGUAAUGUAAACUUUUUGAAAUAAUACACCAAUCGCUAACAAUACACUUUUGACUGAACCCAGGAAUUGUUACCAGGACAUCAUAAUCCGCGCGUAGAACUGGGCGCGUACAUAUUAUGCUAUUGGCAAGUCGAGGGCAUGCAUGUUUGCAACAUGAAGCAAAGUUUAAUUGAAUCAUAAAAAAUGCUUAUGUAAAGGCUAUUUAUAAUUUUAAAAAAAUAUUAAUACUUAACUUGUUAAUAUAUUGGCAAUAAAUAAAUUAUCUACUUGAAAUUUAUAAAUACUAAGAGCAUUUAACAUCAUACGGUAAGAGUUCCAGUUUUUUUUUUUCAUUAGCCUACUAAAUUACAGCCACUAUACAACCUUUAUAGCAUUAGCUAGCAUUACCUUUAAAGCUUAUUGGAAAUACUUUGUGUUAGUUAGUUGCCCUACUAUUAUUACUAAUGUUUACCACAUACAAGGUCACUGUCGAAUUACGCAUUAUAAAGAACCGCUACUUGCAUUUGUGAGUUCAGAACUGGCAACAUCGAUUCUUGUUAAUAUAUUAUAUAUGUUUCGUACUGUUUAUACUUUAUAUACGCAAUAUUAUGUAUUUUAUUCUGAAUAUGAAAUCUUAGGUGCUCGCAUUUUUUAUAAUUAAUAAAAUAUAUGUAUGUCUACCACAGAAAUCUAAAUCAUUUAUUAUGGAAGGUAAUAAAUAAUGUUAGGAUUGGUAAACUUUGUUUGGCCGCUACUACACGAGUAUUACUAGAAUACCCGGUUUCUAUCACCACUUUCAUACUGCGUGCGACGAAAGAGCAAUUGAUACGAACAACUGAAGGGCGGCGUUGUCGGUGUAAUUCCAGGAGGCUCCGGACCUCACGUGGAUGGGCCGUCCGUCAAUUAUUACCAUAAAAAGGCCUUUUUGUUUAGAUUUCUUUGGAUAAGACUUUAAGUUUAAUUUUAAAAAUAUAUAAAAUAACGACCUUCCUACUCUUGACUGUGUCGAGACCUGUUGUCGGUAUGUUGUGUUGUUUCCUCUUUUUUUACCUAUUUAUUAUUUGUGUAAAUAUCUGUGUAAAUAAAAAAA